UAUUGCAUAAAAAUUUACGAAAAUAUAAAAAUGUCUUCUUGUUCAAUAAAAUGUUCAUGAAUAAAUUAUCUAGCGCUGUAUCGUUGUUACAUGCGAUUAAAAUCGCAUAUUUGAUAUUGAAAAUGAUAUUACCGAUGAUCUACAAUGUCAGUCAUAAUUUGCAGUUUAAUUGAAUCACGAGUAAAAAUACUAGACCAGUAGUUUACAGAACGGUGUACAACGGUAUAAUGAAUAAAUGCAUUAAAUAAAUUGUCCGUAGUUAAAUUGUACGAAUUCAGCUGGAUAUUUGUAACAAAAAUGGAUAAAAAACUUGUACGUAGAUAAAUCAAUCUCGUUUUAAACUUUCGUACACAUUUUUCGUGCAAUGUAAGAGAUUUGUGCCGACAGAACUUUCUUUUUUAUGAAAUGCAUUGUACAAGAAGCAUGAAUCUAAUGAUCGACGGAAAAAGCAAUGACAUCCUGAAGCUAUGAAAAUAUAGAAAAUGAAAGCAAAUCAGAAAUAAAGUGCUCGUAAGAAAAGAAAUCGCACAACGAGCGCAAACGAAAAAAAUCGAUUAAAUGUUAUCAGCAAGCACACUGUUAGAUUGCAGCGUUAUCAGAAAUUAUUUAAGAGCACUAGAGAAUGAUUUUAUCAUUUAUGAAUUAAAGUCAAUAUCUGUUCAUGCGGUCGCAAGCAAAUUGAAAGCAGCGUAGCUGAUAUUACCACAAUAUAAGAGAAGAGAAACAAAAUGCGAACUGAUCAUCCAUCGGCACGAGACUACGCUACCGAUUGUGUUCUCUAUGAGUCUGCCAUGGGGUGGCACGGGGUUUCCCUUGCGUCCGAGGAGAUGUCACCAUUGCGAAUGAUGUACGCUUGUCACGCUGACAUAAUGACAUAAUCUAUAAUUAGAAAUAUAAGUCCGACUGCAUUUGGUGAGGUUCAUCAUUUUUCUCGCGAUGCUUCGCGUGGAGCACGAUUGCGAGAUCAUAACCGAGCACGAGGACAUAGUGUUCCUGUCGAUUUACAGUUUCUAUGAAAAAAUGUUCAACGCUUUGCGCCGUUUUAUGAUGGCAUCGACCAGGAAUCCAGGUGCCCGUAAGCAUUUACGAAGCCGUGUCUCGAUAGUCGCAGAAAAGCGGCGGCAUCUGCGCAAUUACAAGCACAUCAUCCACCCGUUCAGCAUGUUCAGACAUUGCUGGGAUUUCACGAUGAUCCUGACGAUGAUGUUGCUGCUGCUGACCGUGCCGUAUUACGCUGUCUUCGAAGCACGCAAACGUCUGUAUUACUGGACGGCCCUGAAAAAUUCCCUUCUUCUUUUCUGCUGCAUAGACAUUGUGAUUAAUUUUAUGACGGGGUAUUUCGACAAAUCACAAAAUAUUGUCGUGAUGGAGCCCAAGAAGAUAAUGAAUAGAUACGUACGCCAGGGUACCUUCUUGCCAGACCUGUUCGGCUCUUUAAUAACGGACACUGCGUUCUUCAAAGUUGGGGAGGAGUAUAGAUUCAUACAAGAGAUGGCAUCCUUGAUAUGCGUGUUCCGCGUGUUCUCCCUUAAUUUCUACAUGAGCAAGAUCGCCGACGAAUAUGACAUCUCGUUGGCCACUUACGAGAUUUGCGUCAUAGUGUUUUGGAUACUGUUAGCGCUGCACUGGCAGUCUUGCCUCUACUGGCUGGUGCCGAUUACGACGACAUCCUUCUAUUGGCCAGGACGCCCCGCCGACAAUUUCUGGCUGCACGAAUUCGGCCUUUGGGAGCAAUCGAAAGUCAAACAGUACCUGUCCUGCCUAGUGCGCGCCGUGUCCGUCUUCCUCUCGGCGGGCUACCUGCGCAGCAAACCGGAAACCGAGGAGGAUCUCACGCUGGUGGUCAUCCUGCAGGUCCUGGGCAUUCUGACGAUCUGGAUUCUCACAGCUCGCGUGAAGCUAUUCUUCAAGGGUGUCAACAGCUCGCGGAUAAGAUAUCAGGGCAACAUAGCCGAGCUGAAGCAAUACAUGCGGACCCGCCAGCUCUCGCACUCGCAGCAAUCCCGCAUCGUGUCGUACUACGAGUUCCGCUUCCAGCGGCAGUACUUCCGCGAGACGGAGAUACUCAACACUCUGUCCGGGCAGAUGCGCCAGGAGAUCCGCAUGCAUGCCUGCCGCAAGCUCGUGGAGAACGUCACGUUCUUCAACAAUCUGCCGCUCUCGCUGCUGUCGCGCAUCGUCGCCCUGCUCAAGUCCGAGAUAUUCCUGACGAAUGACGUGAUCGUGCGCGCCAAUCAGCUGGGCGACUGCAUGUACUUCAUCGCCACCGGCACGGUGGCGAUCUACACGAGUUCCGGUAAGGAGGUGUGUCACUUGGAGGACGGCGCGCACUUUGGCGAGAUCGCCCUUGUCAUGCCGGAUGAGCGGAGGGUGGCGAGCGUCGUCGCCAUCGAGACUUGUGAGCUGUAUCGUCUGGACCGCGGUAACUUCGUCAGAACGAUCCAUCCGUACCCCAUGCUCUGGGAGCGAAUCAAGAAGAUAGCCAUCGAGCGGCACGAGAAGACGAUAAUACUCAACAUGCAGUGAACAGGGAACAUGCUCCGGUGGAAAACGGCGACAAUUUCAUUUUCGUGUACGACUUGCAGGACUUGCAAUAUUGAAAACCAUCUCUCUUGGUAUCGUCGAAGCGACAAAAAAAUUAUAUUUACACGACAUGUUGAGUGACGACGAAAGUAGCUCCGUGAUUGUCGGAAUUACAUUAA